AUGGAAAGUAUCGCCGCUUUUCAAACGAUCAAGGAUAGAUUUUCAGACACUUUAUCGCUCGAUCGUCCCCUGUUUGUGCUGCAUGGACCACGACACUUCGGCAAAUCAACGAUAACCUACGCAAUUGAGAUGUGGCUGACUGCAGAUGUCCCUGAUGUGGUGCGCGCAUCUAUUCAACUGAUGCUUCCUCACACGGAUAGCGACAAUGUGUUUUGGAAUGUCAUGGGGAAGACCGUCGACAGGCAAAGCUCGCGUGCCAACUCGACAUCAUUCAUGAAUAUGGUGAAAAUUCGCACCGGUGUCACGAAGAAAAGGGUCUGUUUUAUCCUGGAUGAAAUGGAUGCUCUUCUCGCGAAGCCCGCGUUGAUGGUUGCGUUCAUUGCUGUGCUUCGGCAGCUAGAAGCGUCGUCCUACUUGUGUGGAUUUCUUGGGGUUAGCAGACAUGAUUUGGGGCGCCACUGUGAUUUUGGUCCUGGAAACCUGUACAAGGAGGUCAACUUGCUGAAGGCCGAGCCAUUUUCAACGGGUCAGAUGGCUACGUUUUUCGAGCUGAUUGAGCCACGUUCCAACUUCACCAAGUCACUUCGGCGUGCGAUCAUGCAGUCUUCUAGUGGUGCGCAUUGUGUGUUUGGAUCCAUGGUUCGCUUGACAGUCGAUCAUGUGAAGUGGACGAAUGAGGGCUGCGAAUGGGAGCUGUGGUUCAAGCAACUGCGGAUCUCACUAUUAUUGACAAACGAUAUUAGCAACUUUUAG